AUGGAUUCGCCAAAGAACAAACCCAAACGCAAAAGACCACCACCCCAAAAUCCAAUUGAGGCGGCAAUUAAAACUUGGUCUCAUGCCAGCGCUUUGGCUCAGCAUCAGCAAUGGGAUUUUGAUGAACUCGUUGCUCAUACCCCGAAAAGAUGGACGGUGUACGAGCCAAUGGUGCUACUUCCAGCAGGCUCUUUUCAUACAGCCACGUGGAAACAGUUGCUCCCGGUCCUAUCCGAUGAGCAAGUCGAUCUCUUGUGGGUCCAGAUCCUGGCAGAGAUCUCUAAGAGGACCGGAGGAACGCGCCUCACGCAUCUAGCCGUAAACGAAGGGAUUCCUGCAGCCCUCCGCCACAGCCCAGGGGAAAAUGCAGCGGGGGAUAAUUCUGCGCCGGAGAACAUAUUGCGUAGCCCAACAGGCCUUCAUAUCCUGCAUGGGGAUUUUGACCCCGCUUCUGCUGAGGACACAACGCCGGAUUUCGAGCACGCAUUCUGGGUUUCAACGAGGCAGAAUGGUGUAUUCCAGACGUGGGCGCCUCGGUGGACUAUGUUCAGUCGAGGGAAUAUCAAGGAAAAAGCGCGGCUACUCGAGUUUCAUGACAAUAGGCACAUGGAAGAUAGAAAGUCGCUAGAGAAUACCUGGGCAGUCGACCUAUACGCGGGUAUCGGGUACUUUACCUUCUCGUAUGCGAAGCUAGGCAUGCGGGUUCUAUGCUGGGAACUGAAUCCGUGGAGCGUGGAGGGCUUGCGCCGCGGUGCCAAGGGAAAUGGCUGGUCGGUACGAGUUGUGAAAAACGAACAUGACCUCACAUUACCGAUGGAGGAGCUUGUAAGCGGAGGCGAGCAGAUCAUAGUCUUUCUUGAAGAUAAUAGGCACGCUGCGCAGAGAAUCAAAGAGCUAAGCGAACUGGAUAUAUCCCAUGUUAACUGCGGCCUAUUGCCUACCAGUGAUGCCUCAUGGGGAGACGCCUGGGAUAUUGCAGGGCGCAAUAAAGGACAUGAAACGUGGAUUCAUCUGCAUGAGAAUGUAGGGGUGGCAGAUAUUGAGAAACGAAAAGGAGAUAUCGAACAGUAUUUCUUGAGUUUAGCACCCGACGACAACGGUAAUACUGACAGAACCGCACGCGUAGAACAUACGGAGCUUGUCAAGACAUUCGCGCCGGGAGUUUGGCACUGCGUAUUCGAUCUAUACAUUACAAGGUCUAGUAGUAUAAUAUGA